CACCACCGCUCCGCAGACGAUCCCACCUGUGAAUUGUGAUCUGUGAUCAGUGAUUAGUGUUAUAUGGUGUUAUACUGUGAUCGCUUCAGGUCUUUCUGCGUCCUGUGAUCUUCACGGACGUUGUCUCUACCCCGAAACGAGAUCUUUCUCCCAAUUCCCUUUCUCCACCAACGCGAUGGACUUCGACGCGGAGACGUGUCUCAAGGACUGGAACGACCUGGCGCAGGACUACAAGGAACUCGAGGCACUAAAUAGGGAAUAUAUGAUAAAAUUGGAAGAAAUUGGUGAGCUACAAGCAAAAUGUCUCAAAGGUAUUUCCCAUCAGAAGUACCGGAUGGGGAUAAUAUCCAAGUCUUUGAAACAUUUAAAGAAAGAUACACGGGAAGAAUUGCAAAAAUCUAUGACAAGGAGAGAACAGCAGCUCCGAGAGAUUGAACAAACAUUACCUAAAUCAAAUGGCGUUUAUUUACAAAUUAUUCUAGGCAGUGUCAAUGUCUCCAUAUUAAACAAAAGUGACAAAUUCAAAUACAAAGAUGAAUAUGAGAAAUUCAAAUUAGUGCUGUCGGUAAUUGGAUUUGUACUAUCUGUAUUAAAUCUCUUUACCAAUAUAAGAACUUUAGAACUUAGUUUUAUGUUUCUUCUCGUUUGGUACUAUUGCACGUUAACGAUAAGAGAAAGUAUACUAAAGGUGAACGGAUCGAAAAUUAAAGGCUGGUGGAGAUUUCAUCAUUUCCUCUCAACAGUUGUAUCCGCUGUUCUACUAGUCUGGCCAAACACAGGGCCAUGGUAUCAGUUUCGUAGCCAGUUUAUGUGGUUCAACGUAUAUAUCAGUGUAGUUCAGUACUUGCAAUUUCGGUACCAACGUGGCGUUUUAUAUCGAUUAAAAGCUUUGGGUGAGAGGGACAACAUGGACAUCACCAUCGAGGGAUUUCAUUCAUGGAUGUGGCGAGGUCUCUCGUUUUUGCUACCAUUCCUCUUCGCUGGUUACGUGUUUCAGCUUUAUAAUGCGUACACGCUUUAUGAGCUAUCAUAUCAUCCAGCGGCGACGUGGCACGUAUCAGUGCUCAGUGCCAUGUUUCUCGUACUAUUUUUGGGUAACACUAUUACUACCAUCAUGGUGAUCCCGCAGAAACUUGUCAAAGAACGCGUCAAAGAUCAUCUGUUCGCGUUUAAGCCCGAUCGCAGGAAGGAGGGAAAGACACGCGAUAAGGACAAUAAAGAUGAAAAGAGUGAAUGAAGGAAGAACUCUGAACAUUUCCGGCUGAUAAAAAACUCGACUCAAUUACAAGGAACAAAUUUAGGAAGAACCGUAGAAACAAAAUGACUAUAUAAAAUACUGUUGGUGCUGGCUCUAAACUAAUAACGAACAAUACCUUGUUGCGUUGAGCAAAGGCAUCACACAUAUAUACACGUACACAUACAUGGCAUGAGUGACUUUGACCACGAAUGAAAGAGUCUCCGCAUACUUUUUAUUUACUUUACUCUUGACUAAAGUCCAUUGUUAAGUAUUUUCGAGAAUAUUCUAUGUACUCUUCAACCGUCCUGAAAUAAACUUGCCUAAUUUCAAAAAUAGGCUUCUCAAUCAAUUUGAGUUACUUUUUUACAGAAAAAAAUAUUAAAAUAUUAUCUAUUAUUUUUCGAAAUUAAGCAAUUUUCAUAGGUAAGAAUUAUUAAAAUCUAUUUGAAAUUAAUUGAAUUUUAUACUAUAAUUUCUUGUCUUUUAUUCUGCGAUGUGAAAAAAAACCCUUAUUUUAAAUCAAUUAUUUAAAUAUCGUUUGACGUUACGAGUUUCGAUGGGAAAAAGUCAAUUCUAGAUUAAUCGAAGAAUCGUCACAGUUUGUUUUAUUUUAAAACACUGCAUAUAGUUCUUGCUCAGUUUAUCAAAUAAAACAUUUGUUUUUUAAUAAUAUUCGAUGAUUCGAUCAUAACAAUAUGACGCGCAAACGUUGAUGCAGAUAAGUGUGUUCGAUAAAAAGUCAGCUAAUCUAUUUGCGAGUAACUUGUAUAUAUAUGUAUACACAUACACAUACAAAAUAGUGUUCCAUAAAGUUUAAUGAAAUUAAAUGAAAAUAUGCUCGUAUUUCAUGAAAUAUUCUGUGUACACAUUUAAAUUAUGUAGACAUUUUACAAGCAAAUAUACAUAAAUAUAUACAUGUAUAUAAACACAUAUGCGAUAUUGCGUUUAUUUCGUACAAGAUUGUUUUGUAAAGUGCUCACUGGACAAAAAUCAUCUAGAAUAUAAUUACGAUUAUAUUUUGCUCCAAAUGUAUAUUUAUUGAAAUGUAUUUACUCAUGUGUAAAUAAAAACAUACCGAGCCGCCUAAUUCUACAAGAA